AUCGUCUUAUAUUUACAGACAAUAAAGUUAGCAAUUGAAUUUGAAAAAUUGGUUCAGGAAGAUAAAAGAUUUGAAAUUCCUGCUAAAAGGCAUUUAGGAUUAAUUGUAUUUAGAUUGAAGGGCGAAAAUGAACUAACAGAGAAACUAUUAAAGCGUUUAAAUUCUGAUGGAAAAAUACAUUGCGUUCCAGCAUCGCUAAAAGGAAUUUACGUAAUUAGAUUUUCAGUUUCCUCACCUCGAAUUACAUCCGAAGAUAUUCGCCUCGAUUGGAAAAUCAUCCAAAUCACAGCAACUGAGAUUCUACAAAUGUAUUCGAAUAAGAUUACAGUAAAUAAACCUUCUAUCAAAGAAGUUAAGAAACGAAAUCCCGAAUUCGGAACAAGUUUACUCUUAGCUAAUAGUCCAAUGAUACCAAAGAUCAUGAAUGGCAGUUACGUAGCUAUUUUUGAUAAUACAGAAGCUAUAGAUCAAUUUAUCCAACGUUUUGGCAAUGCAUUUGGAAACUUGGCGAAGGACAGUCCCUCUCUUCGUCGACGUAUUCGAGGUUUAAGUAUAAGCAAUAAGCAAUACAGUCUGGAUUCGAGAAUGGAUUUGAUGAACAGCAUUGUUGCUACAGCAAUGAAUUUAUCAACAGCUUCUCAACGUACUUCAACUCCGAAAGAAAAGAAUUGUUUAAAAGAAUCUAUUUCCGAAGAAGAUGAUUCUUCUAAUUUAGUUGUUUGUUCCACAAAAUGCCAGAUGUGUGGUCAAGUUACAUCAAAAGAAGCUUAAAAGUUUUGUAAAUAUCUUCAAUAUAUCAGCACACAUUCAAUUUUGUUUAAAAGGUCUUUCAAAAUUUUCUAAGAUUUUGAUCGAAUUAAAGAAAUACAGAAUUGUUUCUUCCUCUAAGC